CGUGUUCAGGAAAAUGAGUGGUUGUGUUCCUGGUCACAUAUGUUAAUUUGUGGUUCUUAUCGUUCCUCUUCUGCCAAUCCAUCUGAUAUUGACUCGUAUCAUUCAUGAGUUCAGAAUGUCGGGGAACCGUAGCGGGUAACGGAUGGCAAGGGGAAAAGGAUUCUGGCGCAAUAACUCCACACACCCGAACUUUGAACGUUACCGGACGGAAGUUGAAAACCUUGAUAAUACUUUUCGGCUUCCGGGUUGAUAUUGAACCCUGUUUCUCUGUUCAAUGUUCGACUCUGUCAAGUAGUUUGCAGGCUGCCCUGGGACCAAUUUUCUGCUCGACCGUCUCACGUCGAACAUCAUCGGUGCAAGCCGCUAGUCGCCAUGAAGCUAGUCAACAAAGCAACGAUGCUCUGCGAGCGGCUGCGUCGCUGGUGGGUGCAUCCGAGCACGAAGCAGCUCACGCCAGAGUGCGACCUCAGUAUGGCUCAUGCCUCGCCCAACAGCCCGUCGACAUUCUCCUCGAGAUCGCAGACCACCUCCCGCCCGAGAGCCAGGUCUGCCUCGCCCUAUCAUGCCGGGUCUUUUUCAAUUUCUUCGGCGUGGAGGCUGUAAAACGCGUCGCUAAGCAGAAGCUCGUCCAUAAGCAGCCCGCUCGCCGGGAACUGCUUCUUCUACUCGAGAAAGAUAUCGGAGACCGAUAUCUCUACUGCCACAGCUCCAACACGCUAAACAGAUUCGCCAUUCGGUCGCCGCAGCAGGCACGGCUGAAGGACUUCCGGCUGACCAAAGCCUGCUGUCAGUGGGAAGACUGGCACUACCCUAGGCGCCAGGGGUGGCCCCACUUCCACCAUGUACGGGCCGUCACAAACAGCCACUGGCUUGGCCCCGGCGCGGGCUUGCCGGCCGAGCUCUUCACCAGUUUGGGAAACACGUCGAACUCGGCGCGCUUCUUAGGCGGCCUCGCUCACCCGACACGGCUCGGGCCAGUUUUUCCCCGGUGGGUGCAGAGCAGGUCGGCCAAGCUCAUCGGUGGCGAGCUCAUCCUCCACUGCAUUUGGACCUUGGCCGACUGCUUUCCUCUCGAGCGGCAGCUGCGUCGUGCGCUCGAUGAAGUGGGAUUUUUGAUCUGUCCCCAUCUUCAUACGCGGGCGUCGCCAUACUGGGUCCAUUUUAACCGGCGACGGAUAAACGGAGUCAAAGGCGGAGAUCAAGGCGAGAUUCGAGACGGCAACUUUACUGAUUCGUGCGAGUGGUGUCUGACGGACAGCCGCGUUGUCAUAGAAUGGAAGCCAGGUGGCAAGUGGCCCUGGACGUGCGGCGGCCGGGUCGUCACCAUCACUUCCUACCGUAACCUCGGAAGCUGCCGCGAGCCGGACGACGAGAUAUGGCUCGCGUCUAUCGGCCAUGCCGUGCAUUGGACUAAACGGCAAGCCCUUGGUUCCCCGUUGUGUCCAGGCGGCUCGGUGGAGCGAGCCUGGAUCGAGGCAUGUAGUGCGUAAAUUGACGCCAACUGCAGACUCGGAGAAGCCAAGGCGGCCGACUGGGUAUAGCUAGUGACAGAGAAAAGUCAUUUCGUUGAUGCGCGCAACGCCGAAUGGAUAUUGCGAUGUCUGGCUUUUGAAUUAACCACU